UUCUGUCAACACAGGUAAAGGGCCUACCUACAGCACUUAAGUGACAGCCUUUCUGUUUCAGAGAAAAGCGAGGCCCAUAUAUGUAAACCUGGCAGUGAAAGAGAAAACAGAUCAUUCUCUUAAGCAAUCAGUGAUUUGGAAGCAGGUGGUCAACUCAGCUUCAGACUGCAAGUUUUCAAAACCAUUUUUUAGACAGCAAGCAAAACAGCUGGGUGAACAGCAUCCUGGAACCCUCCUUCAAGUGUGCAGAUCCUUUGAGUCUCUAGGAACUCCAGGUCUCGCCAUGGUGGAGUCUGAGCGCACCUCAGCCCGUGGCUGCUGCACUACCUUCACCAAUUUCUUGUGCACCAGAAAGGGAACUCUCCUAUUUGCUGAGACUAUAUUGUGCCUGGUGAUUCUAAUCUGGUUCAGCAUCUCAACACCAGGAUACUCCACUCUGUCAGUGGUUGAGAUGAUCCUUGCUGAGAUCUUCUUUGUCAUCUACAUGUGUGACCUACCCACCAAGAUACAAUCCAUCAACUGGCCUUGGAUUGAUUUCUUCCGGUCCCUCAUUGCCGUCACCCUCUACCUAAUCACCUCCAUUGUUGUCCUUGUCAACAGAGGAAAUCGCUCCAUAAUCAUUGCAGGGGCACUGGGCCUUGCUGCUGCAUGCCUCUUUGGCUAUGAUGCCUACAUCACCUACCCCUUGAGGUAAUAAAGAUAUACAGCAGUCCUGACUGA